GACAACUGUGUGUCCACACCAAACUCUGGUCAGGAGGACGCCGACAACGACGGAAUCGGAGAUCAGUGUGACGAGGACGCAGAUGGAGACGGUAUCAAAAACGUGGAGGAUAACUGCCGGUUGGUCCCUAACAAAGACCAGCAGAACUCGGACAGCGACUCGUUCGGAGAUGCCUGUGAUAACUGUCCCAACGUCCCCAACAGCGACCAGAAAGACACGGACAACAACGGACAGGGAGACGCCUGCGACCAGGACAUCGACGGGGACGGUAUCCCAAAUGUUCUGGACAACUGUCCAAAGGUACCGAACCCAAUGCAGACAGACAGAGACAGAGACGGAGUAGGAGACGCGUGUGACAGCUGUCCAGAACUCAGCAACCCCAUGCAGACGGACAUCGACAACGACCUGGUGGGAGACGUCUGUGACACCAACCAGGACAC